AUGCCUCCUAUUACAUCGAUCACACCAGCAUUGCUGGCUUCAUUACAAGGCUUUACAUCAAACAUUAGGAAUAUCUGUGUAUUGGCACAUGUUGAUCAUGGUAAAACUACAUUAUCUGAUUGUUUGAUAUCAUCUAAUGGCAUUAUAUCACCUCAUAUGGCUGGCAAGCUGAGGUAUCUCGACUUCUUGGAGGAUGAGCAGGAACGUGAGAUAACAAUGAAGGCAGCAUCGAUCUCUUUGCUGUUCCCCAAUCAACAGAAUAACUAUUUGAUCAAUCUCAUUGAUUCACCAGGCCACGUAGACUUUAGCAGUGAAGUGUCGACGGCUGUUAGAAUCACAGAUGGCGCGCUCGUGCUGGUCGACGCCGUCGAGGGUGUGUGCAUCCAGACGCACGCCGUACUGCGCCAGGCGUACCAAGAGCGUGUGCGUCCAUGUCUGGUCAUCAACAAGAUCGAUCGUCUAAUCACAGAGGUGAACAUGACGCCUCUCGAAGCCUACCAGCACAUCAAAAAGGUGAUUGAGCAGGUCAACGCCGUCACGGGAACACUGUCAUCAGAAGAGAUCAUUCUGAAGGAGAUCAGCGAGUACGAAGCACAGGGCACGACAACUGACACCAAUGACGCCGCUGCUAGCGAUGAAGUCAACGAAGAGACUGCCAACCUAACAACGAUCGGAAACGAAUUCCUAUUCUCACCAGAGAAGGGCAACGUCGCCUUCACCACCGCCUUCUCAGGCUGGGGAUUCACAGUCAAGCAGUUUGUCGAUCUUUGUCACAAGAAGACUGGAAUCAAGAAGGAUAUAUUGGCCAAGACAUUGUGGGGCGACUACUACUAUCAUCCAAAGGAGAAGAAGAUCUACAAGACACAGAAGGGUAACCUGUCGCCCAUGUUUGUAACAUUCAUCCUAAACUCAAUAUGGGAGGUACACAAGAUGGUCAAUGCCGACUCGAUUGACAAGGAGCGUGUGGACAAGAUAGUAGCGAUGCUUGGAUUGAAGAUACACCCAAGAGAUCUGGCGUCAAAGGAUUCAUCAGUGUUGCUGCAGGCAUUGAUGCAGGCAUGGCUACCACUGAGUGAGGCUGUGUUGUCAAUGGUUGUCGACUGUCUACCCAAUCCAAUCGAUGGACAAAACAGACGAAUGGAGAAGAUAUUCAAGCCGAUCUCAUCGGCCAACAUCACCGAGGAGCUGAAAGAGAAACAACAAUCACUGCUCAAGGAUUGUCGCGAGUGCAAACAGGGCGAGGAGACAGAUGUCGUGGCCUACGUCGCCAAGGUGUUUGUCUCGAAUGAGAAGCGUGGCGUGUCGGCCACGGUACAGCGCACUGUGCCACCACGUCGUGUCCAGCCAUCAGCCGUCCCUCUAGCUCAACGAAUGGCACAGGCAAGCUUGAACGAGGCUACCACAAGCACAUCACAGACCUCACAGGACACGCAAUCAACCCCAGCACCAGCACCAGCACCUGUUGUGGUCCCAAGGAGGAUGCCUCCACAAGUAGUUAACAACAACAUCAACACCAAUCAGACAGAGGACAAAGGCGAGUUUGUUGCUGUGGUCAGAGUGUUCAGUGGCACGCUGAGGAAGGGCCAGAAGGUCUUUGUGCUUGGACCAAGAUACGACCCACUCAAGCCAACACACGAUGUCGUAGAGAUUGAGAUCACCCAUCUCUACUUGCUGAUGGGUCGCAGUCUUGAGCCGAUCGAGUCCGUGCCCGCAGGCAAUGUCUGUGGUGUCGGUGGCGAGAUUGGCAACCUGGUACUCAAGUCGGCCACCAUCACCACCACCCUGCAAUGCCCACCACUGGCCAACAUGAUGUUUGUCUCAUCGCCCAUCGUCAAGGUGGCCAUCGAGCCAGAAAACAUCAUCGACAUGCCCAAGCUCAUCCACGGCCUGAAGAUGCUGAACCAGGCCGACCCCCUGGUAGAGGUGUACGUGCAGGAGAGUGGCGAGCACGUCAUUGUCGCCACGGGCGAGUUGCAUCUUGAGCGAUGUGUCCGCGACCUUAAGGAGACGUUUGCCAAGAUCAACGUUAAUGUUUCGGCGCCAAUCGUGCCGUUCCGCGAGACCGUUGUCAUUGGCGAUGCCAACAAAUCACCGAUUGCGACCAACGGAGACGUGAUUAUACAGCGAACUGCCAACAGGAUGGUCAAUGUCAAGGUGAAGGCGAUCCCCUUGCCCAAGAACAUCACAGACUUCCUCGAGAAGAACUCGAACAACAUGCGCGACCUGUUCCUUGGUGGAAAGAUGAAGGACAAGCAGCUAGAGAACGAGAAGGGCAGCAAGAAGGAGGCCGAGCAGACAGCCCGCGAGGAGUUCCACAAGAAGCUCACUGACGAGUUUAUCAAGGCUGGCGAUGUGUGGGCCAGCCAGGUCAACAAGGUCUGGGCCUUUGGACCCAAGCACAUUGGCGCCAACAUUCUCUUGAAUCAUGUUCCAGGCUAUGCAGAGUCAGACGUCUGGAGACCAGCCUUCCAGCGUGGCAUUCAGAGUCUCAAGAAGACAAAGCAGCAGGUUCGACAACUACAGUCCAGUCAAGACGAGGAGCAGAAGGACGACGAUGCAGUCAAGUCCACCAACAGCGACAACGAAGAGGAUGAUCAGCAGAGCGAGGACACAAACAGUGUGAGCGAGAUGUCUGCCAAGCAGACCAAUCUGUUGGAGGGCGACGAGAAGUACAAGAGGAUAGUGGAGCUGGACAAUAGCAUUGUCUCGGGAUUCCAACUGGCGACAUACGCAGGCCCGCUGUGCGACGAGCCGAUGAUGGGCGUCUGCAUGGUCGUCGAGGACAUUGAGUUUAUCGAGGGCGACUACUCUGACAAGUACGGUCCAAUCUCUGGCCAGAUCAUCUCCACCAUGAAGGAGGCAUGUCGCAAUGCCUUCCAGGCGAGACCACAACGUCUGAUGGAGGCACUCUAUCUGUGCGAGAUACAAGUGUCGUCGGCGGCACUGGGCAAGAUGUACUCGGUGCUGGCAUCACGUCGUGCUCAGAUCAUCAAGGAGGGAAUGAAGGAGGGCACACCCAUCUUUUGUAUCCAGGCACGCCUGCCCGUCGUCGAAUCAUUUGGCUUCUCACAACAGAUUAUGAUCAAGACAUCGGGCUCAGCGAGCACUCAGCUGUACUUUGACAAUCACUGGGAGACAUUGGAGCAGGACCCAUUCUUCCAGCUCACAACCGAGGAGGAGCUGGAGGAUCAUGGCUCCAACGUAGCCAGUUUGGGCAACAACAUUGCCAGACAAUACAUGGACAAGAUCAGAAGGAGGAAGGGUUUGGCAGUCGAGGAGAAGCUAGUUCAACAUGCAGAAAAGCAGAGAACACUCAAGAAGAAUAAGUAA